GGAGAAGUCCUGGUGUUCCACAGCAAUGGUUUAUUGAGGAGACUGAAGGGUUCCAGUGACAGCUCUUCUGCUGUCGAAUGGGCUAAAACAGCCCCUUUUUAUAGGGUGUAGGGGGAUCUAAACUUGUCCAACAGCAAGGGUUCGGUAUAGUGGCCUAUGAGGUUACAAAGAUAAGGCUAAGGGGCGGGGGGCAGAGACAGGAGCUUAUUUUGCUGUCUCAUCGUGACUCAGCAGUUCCUACUUGUGACAGUGGUCACAGGGGUCUUCAGGUGAGGGAAGAGAUGAGAAUGUUGACUCCAUGUUCAGAAGGCUUGAUUUAUUAUUUCAUGAUCUAUAUAUUACAUUAUAACUAACUAAAAAGAAUAGAAGGAAGGGUUUCCUCUCAGAAGGCCGGCUAAGAAUAGAAUAGAAAGGAAUGAUAACAAAGGCAGCUCUCUCGGACUCUGUCUGAGAUAGCUCGGCCUUGAGUGGCCAUUAAUUAUAAACAUCCAAGAUGGGCCAAUCAAAAAUCCACCUGAUGCAUUCCACAGCAGCAGAUAACCACUGUUUACAUUUUGUUUCUUGCCCCCGGAUUUCUCCCAGAUGCUCCGGCACUACACCACCGACGGGUUCCGGGUCCUGGCUCUGGCCUGCAAAGCCCUGGGCACGGUGGCCACCUUUGAGGAGGCCCUGCAGCUCCCCAGGGACUCUGUGGAGAGCGGCCUGAACUUCCUGGGGUUCCUGGUCAUGAAGAACGUCCUGAAGCCGGAGUCUGCGCCGGUGAUCCAGCUGCUGAGGAGCGCCAACAUCCGCCCCGUCAUGGUGACAGGGGACAACAUGCUGACAGCCAUGAACGUGGCGCGGGGGUGCCGCAUGGUGGAGCCCAGGGAGGGCGUGAUCUUCGUCACGGCCUCGCCGCCCGGCCACGACAAACCCGCUGCCCUCAAGUUCGUCCUGGCUGAGCAUUCCCAAGGAGAGGAGCAGCCCGAGGGCCUGCAGCAGCGGGACGGCUCCUCCCUCCCACCCCGGCACUGCCACUUCGCCCUCAACGGGAAAUCCUUCCAGGUGGUCUGCGAGCACUUCUCCGAGCUGCUGCCCAGGAUCCUGCUCCGGGCCACCGUGUUUGCCCGCAUGCUGCCCGAGCAGAAGACCCAACUGGUGUGCAGCCUGCAGGAGCUCAA